CACGGUCGUAUUUUUUUCCUCCCUUUCCAACGGAUAAUGACGAAACGUACGUUUAUCCACGAUCGCUUUCCGCAUCGCAUCCAAGCGUAAUCCGCCGAUAGCGACCGCGGUCGAAAAUCGAACCGAGCUCCGCAAUGAGAGGUGACGGACGUCGCAUUUGACCGCGAGGAGAACGGAAUAUGGGCCUAAAAGCGGCCGUCCAGGCUCUGAAGAAAGCGGAACCGUUAAAGGACAAGGUCCAGCGCUGCAAAGAUCUGCUCAAUGACAACGAUGCCUGGGUAUGUCAACAACAGCUGCAAAAGAUAUAUCAACAGGUCCUCAUAUUGGAUCUGGAGUAUGCUCUGGACAAGAAGGUGGAACAGGAGCUAUGGAGUUUGGGAUUUAAGAAUUAUAUAGUGACGCUGCAGUCACAGGCAAAGGACAGAAAGAAUCCCAAGCGUGGCGAGUCCCAGGCAUUGCUCAGUUGGUGCUUGGAAGCAGCCAGUGGUUUCUACCUGACCUUGCUGCAGGAAAUUUGCACCGUAUUCGACCUAGAUUUACCAUUUAGAAGGAAGGGUUAUGUGUAUGGACGUACAUCUCCAUGGAAAACCGUUGAAAAAUUAUCUCCGCCUCACAAAUCUUCUUGUUUUUACGCCUGUCAAUAUUGCCUUGUACAUCUGGGCGAUAUCGCACGGUACAGAAAUGAGAGCAAGCAAGCUGAGAUGUUUUACAGACACGCUGUCUCGCUAUCACCAUCCAGCGGACAGCCAUACAAUCAACUGGCGCUUUUAGAAGCUUCCCGUGGCGACAAACUGGGCACUGUGUUUCAUUACGCACGUUCGGUGGCUGUGAAACAUCCUUUCCCCGUUGCAACGGCGAAUCUCGCCACUACUCUGUCCUCUGCUCUGAACGACAAGUCCUUCAAUAUUGACAGCAAGACCAAAUUGAAUUCUCAGGAAUACAUCGCUGUCUUUCUGAAGCUGCAUGGAAUAAUCCACAUUCUUGGCGAUUUGAAGCUAGCAUGCUCGUACAGCAAGCAACUGACGGAGACGCUGACCGCAUUGGUAGCCACUGAGAGCUUCAGUUCGUGGAUGCUCGUUCAGAUGUUGGUGAUUAAUCUAUACGCACUGCAACACACAGCUGGGAUUGGCACCGAGAACACGGAAUUGCUGAAGAAUGAGCAAAUGAUCAAUGAUAAGAAACUCGCCCAUGACUGUAUACUGGACCUAAUCGCAGGCACUCUGUCUGCCUUGCUGCUACCUGUCUACACGAUAAAAAACUCUAUCAUCGAGUACUUUGCCUUGCCUUCUAUAAAACUGUGCCUUGAUUGGAUCAACAUAAAACCUAUGGUUUUGGAGGAAGUUGCUUUUACAUCAAGAUUACAGAUCUGGCCCAGUUUUUGCGUACUUUUGAAUGCCUUGCAGAAUUGCGUGAUGGAUUUCAAAUAUGAUGAAUAUGCUGCAGUACCACUGCCAGAAGACCGUGACCUUCAAGGUUUUCUACCGUUAGAGAAAAGUUUUGAGAACCUCAGAUUCACGAAUACAGCGCUAGAGGGCGAUGUCGCAACAUUGAACAAGUUACGGGCAGUACGCAUUCUACAUCUGGGCCGUUGCUUCGCUCAGUAUCAAAUUAAUGGCUCAACGCCAAUCUCGAUUAUGACUGAAGAAAAAACAGGCGAUAACAGAUUCACGUCUAUGACCAAUGGUGCUGGGCCCAGCAACGAGUUGAUGAAGGAACUCGAAGAACUCAGCUUGAACAAAGACAAACAACUUGAUACUUCAAUGAGUCCGGUACUGUCCGAAGCGGCUAGUAGCAAAAGUUCGGUAGAAAUCGAUAUUGAGAUUCCUCAAGAUAAAAAAAUAAAUUUCCAGAGUAUUCUUAAACCGCAAGGCUCUUUAGAACGAAACCGAGACUCCUUAGUGAAUACCACAACGGAGAUCAGCAGCAGCAAUGAAGCAAGUUCUCUUCCGUGUGCGAGAAAACCGCGACAGAACAUAGCAAUACAGACGAUCAUCGCACGUCGCGCGGAGAACGAACAGAAGCAGGUAACAUUCAAGAACGUGUCACCCGUGAUCGUUGAAGAAGAAAACGAUAAAAUAGUGACGCAAAGAAUAACGAUGAAAGAAUCACAGAUUACUUCUGUUGCGAAUAAACCGACGCCAAUUCCAGAGAUGUCCAAAGCUAACGAAGCUGCCAAUACAAAUAAUAUCCUCGUUAAUGUUCAGAAUCGGUUAUCGAUGAUGCCAAUUGCUCCGCCUGCUGGUCAAAACCAGUCUAUAACAAAUCAGAAUCAGCAGAGACCCGUUAAAUUGCCGCCUAGCAUUCCUAUGCCUCCUCAAGUAAAUCAAUUGGCAGCCAAAGAGCAACAAACUCAACAAGUUGUUCAGCAAAUCCUUCCGCAAAUGCAUGCUGGCAUGACGGCGCAAUGCAGCCCAUCACAGGCCUCGACAUUGAGUCCAAUUUGUUACCCAAAUCAAUCAUUCAACGUGCAGAAUCCACAAUUCAGCCAAAAUUUCAUGGCAAAUCGUCCAUCGCCAGUAAAUGCGCCGCGUUAUCAAAUGCAAGGACAACUCAAUAAUAAUAGCCAACCGUUUCCACCAAUGCCUCAGGGAAUUAACGGAAUACAUCAUACGAUUAAUCAGAGCAGACCAUUGCAUCAGAGGAUGUCGCAAAACGUAUCCCAUAGUCCUGUGCAGUUACUGCAGCAAAACAUACUGGGAUCGCCUGCUCAGCAAAAUAUGCCACAAAAUAUGAGUUUGCAAGCGAAUAAUAUGGGGCUGCAGCCAGGUCUAAACGUAGAACAACAAAACCAUUCAAUCGGGAUCCAAGCACAGAACAUAAUGCAGAGCAAUCCUAGACCGAACGACAUGCAUGGUCAGUUAAAUAUAAACGGUUCGAGUGUAGCAAAUAUGUCAGCGAUGAUGUCAGCAUUGUCAGUAUACGAAAAGGCUCCUCAGCAGCAAACUUUAACGACGUUAGCGAAUUCGCAGAGCCCAACCAACACGUCGAAUUUUCAGUUAAACUUCAAUCAUUUCAAUCAGAAUCAAGCCUUCGGACAAUCGCUGCCGCAAAGUCAAUCGUCACCGUCGUUCUACAAAACGAAUUCUGACGCAAUGGAUUUCCUAUUCCCAAAUCAAGUCAACGUAACUAAGACUCAACCGCAGCAACAGCAAUCCACAGCAAACAAUUACAUAUUCUGCAAUUACGAGCCGACUGAGCAAUUUAACUUAUGGAAGGACAAUCGACCACCUCAACCACCGAUUGCCUGGUGGGCGGGUUCGACUAGUAAUGCAGCGGCCCAGAUACACACGAAGGAUCCGACCGCUAAUGAUAAUGCAUUCUCUAACUGGAGCGAUUCGUCUAAUCUCGGAAACACAGCGAGUAGAAUGCCGCUGACACCGGGUAAAAAUUAUCAGCCACAACAACAGAAUGGACAACACAGCAGACAACUUAUAGCAGGAAAUAAUUUUGAGGAUGCCAGAUUGUUUGAGCUCGAACAAAAGCCGUCCCAAACAGUGAGCACCGGCAACACUUAUUCUCUAUUCAGUGGUAACACAUGGAGUACUAUUAACACAUCGAUUAAUUCGGGCUCGACCAAUCAAGAUCAGAUGAAAACGCGACUCCAUCAGCAAUCUCUGUGGUCCGGGCCGGGUCCUUCCCCGUUAGAGCGUCUUCUGGAGCAACAGAAGUCUCUACGCGAGGGGGGUACCACUUGAAGGGACACGCGGAGAAUCCGUUGAGGAGGCCAAGCAGAGUGUAAUUUCGCGUUCAAGCGUAUGCCGAUUUAAGUAUAAUCACAAACGUGCUGCGCAGCGGCGAAUAAUUACCUAAUCGACAAGAGAUGUGCGAAAUUCUUAAAAGAUACGUAGAGAAGAAUGGAUAACCGAGGUUGACCAAGACGCAGCGUCUUCCUCGAAGCAUUAUGAUAUGCACAGGGGUAAUAUAAUCUGUUAUUUUUCAAUUGCAAGUGUGAGAUCUGCAAGAGACUCGAAAUACACAUUUUUCGGAGUGAAUUUCUUGCAAAUUAAGCACAGCAAAGCGAGAGACAAAUGUUUGCCGAAUGGCGAUUUACAACUGCAAUUUAAUUUGGGAAUAAAUAGAAAAACAAGAAAAAUGAUAUUAGAGGUGCGAGAUGCGGUAGUUCUUAGCAAAACAAACGUUAAUUAGUACACAGGAAAUAAAAGAAAAUGUAGACACUAAUUAUGAGUGACAAACGCGCGUGACUUUGUAUCUUUGGCGUAUUUAGAAGACUCACAAUAAACGUUCAUUUAUCGAAACUGAUCAAACGGCGCGCGUCCUAUGUUGUUUCAACGUUAUAUCCCUCGAAUAUCAAGACUGUAUACUUGAAAAAUCAGAUGGAUGAACGAAAAUUAUGGUUUAAUACACAUUCGUUUUUAACAUAAUAACUUUAUUUCGUAUUGUAGAAGUAUCACAUAAUUUUUCUGUCUGUAAUAUUAUAUGUAAGUUAUAUCACAUACGUCAUGAAUUGUAAUACAUACACGUUUGCAAAGUU